UUGCAUCACAAAAGUGUUAAACAUUUUUCAGGUGAUAAAGAGCUUAUCAAACAAGAGGGCUCUCUAUUGAAGCCCCCAAUACUGACCACUCGACCGACAAUUUUAAAGCCUUUUAUUGUUUCCUCAAUUGACGAUAUUCACACAAGUAAUUCAGUGACGGGUCCUAUAAUUAACGUUCCGAAUAUAUCAAGAAUUAAGUCAAUGAAUAAAUCACUGAAUGCAUGCAAGAGCUCAACAUCACUGAUCGCACCGCCAAAACAUAACAUAAAUAGUCAGACAAUCACUUCAAACACGCCCACUAAUAUGUCGACCGCAACGACCACUUCUUUGCACACAUUAGGGCCAAACAGUGAGGCGAAUGCGGGAAAAGUGUUCACUACUGGUCAUCCAUUGAAAAGCGUAAUC